AUGUUGAAGGAUCUGGAUCAAGACAAGAUGUUACGUGAAAUUGUUAGCGCUCAAACAGAAUGGACUUUCCUUCCACCCGCAUCACCGCACAUGGGUGGAUCGUGGGAACGAUUAAUUCAAACGGUAAAAGUAAAUCUUGAUCAAAUUAGGCCAGAACGUAAUCUGACGGACGAAAUCCUUUACAAUCUACUAAUGGAAAUUGAAAACGUCGUCAAUUCCCGCCCCCUUACACACGUGCCCUUGGACGAUCCAGAAGCCCCUGUUUUAACUCCGAAUCAUUUUAUUCUGUGUUCAUCUAGCGGAUUCAAACCGGCAACACAGCUGGACGACAGGCAUGCGGCAUUGAAAAGAUUUUGGCGUAUUUCACAAAUAGAAGCAAAUUUGUUUUGGAAGCGCUGGGUUCGCGAUUACUUGCCAGUCAUUUCAAAACGAACAAAAUGGUUCAAAGAAGUGAAGCCGAUAACAAUAGGAGACAUUGUGGUCAUUGUCGACAAUCAACUCCCCCGGAAUUCCUGGCCCAAAGGGCGCGUCAUUGCUGUGAAUAGGAGCAAAGAUGGACUAAUAAGAUCAGCAGCAGUUCAAACAGCAGGUGGCAUUUAUGAACGUCCGGCUGUUAAGUUGGCAGUCCUAGACGUUCAGCGCGAAGCACAGGUAAACCAGAUUGGAUCAAUCGGUGUACGGGGUGGGAGUGUCAACGACCCUUCGGUCAACGCGCUUCACUCGGACAACAUCUGCUCGCAAACCCAUGGUUCCCUGACAUGA